CCCGCCUACUUCUAUCAGAAACGGCCGGAAAAGUAACCAUGCUGGACCCAUACCUCUUAACACUGUAUUUUCAUACUCGUGCAUGUAUGGCUUCCGCAUCAUUGGAGAAAGAGUUGUCCAUUGUAUAAGUAAAGACGGAGUGAAUGGGAUCUGGGAUAAAGCUCCUCCUCGAUGUGAAUAUUUCAAUAGAAAUACUGUUUGCUCUGAGCCUGUCGUUCCCGGGGGGCACCGAAGUGAAGGAAGACCACCAUACAUACAUGGGAGUUCUGUGACAUUCACCUGUAAUACCAACUUCACCAUGAAAGGAAAUAAGUCUGUUUGGUGCCAAGAAAAUAAUACCUGGGGGCCAACACCACUGCCAGUCUGUGAGAGUGAUUUCCCUCUGGAGUGUCCACCACUUCCCCAGAUUGCCAAUGGAUACCACACAGGGAAAGACAUUGACCGCUUUGCCCCUGGAUUGUCUGUGGCUUAUGGCUGUAACUCUGGUUACUUGCUUGAAGGACAAAAGACAAUUAAGUGCUUAUCUUCGGGAGACUGGAGUGCUGCCUUUCCCGUGUGCAAAGAGGCACAGUGUGAACCUAUAAGACAAUUUCCCAAUGGGCAAGUCACGGAGCCCUCAAGUCUUCGUGUUGGUAUAACCGUGACAUUUUCCUGUGAUGAAGGGUACAGAUUACAAGGCUAUCACUCUAGUCAGUGUGUGAUCGUUAAAUACAGAGCGACUUGGACCAAGAAACCAACGUGUGAAGAAAUUCUCUGCCCACCACCUUCUCCUAUUCUCAAUGGAAGACUCAGCUCUCCAACAAAUGUUUCAUAUGGAAGCACCGUGACUUACACUUGUGACCCAGCCCCAGAGGAGGGAGUGAGCUUCGUCCUUAUUGGGGAGAAAACUAUCCGGUGCACCAUGGAUAGUCAGAAGAGAGGGACCUGGAGUGGUCCCUCCCCACACUGCAAACUUUCUACUGCUGUGGUCCGGUGUCCUCAUCCCCAGAUCCUAAGAGGUCAAAUGCUAUCGACGCAGAAAAAUCAAUAUGCCUAUAAUGACACUGUGGCAUUUGCUUGCGAGUCUGGCUUCACCUUGAAGGGCAGCAGGAGAAUCCGAUGCAAUGCCCAGGGCACAUGGGAGCCCUCAGUACCAGUCUGUGAGAAGGAGUGCCAGGCCCCUCCUCAGAUCCCCAACGGCCAAAAGGAAGAUGGACACAUGGUCCAGUUUGUCCCAGGCACAUCCAUAAAAUACAGCUGUAACCCCACUUAUGAGCUGGUGGGAGAGGAAUCCAUCCGCUGCACCCCUGAGGGGAAGUGGACACCCACUCCUCCCCUAUGCAAAGCGGCAGAAUGUAAACCAUUAGGACCUCAACUCUUUACAAAACCUCGGGAUAGAUUUGUUAGACCAGCUGUUUAUUCCACUUGUGUUGAAGGGUACCGACUGGGUGAGAAUGCUUAUCAGCUGUGUCAAGGGACACCUCCGUGGUACAGGGAGACGCGGCUCUGCGAAGAAAUCAGCUGCCCACCACCCCCUGUUAUCCAUGAUGGGACACACACGGGGAGCUCCUCCGAAAACGUCCCAUACGGAACCACGGUCGCUUACACGUGUGACCCCGGGCCAGAGAAGGGAGUGCGGUUCGACCUCACCGGGGACCGCACCAUCCGCUGCACCAGCGAUGAUCAGGGCAGAGGCGCCUGGAGCGGCCCUGUCCCCCGGUGCGUGCUGUCCCUGCCUGCCGUGCGGUGCUCAGAUCCCCGCGAUGAACACGGGUACAAGCUCCCCGGCAAGGAAGCCCCGUACUCCUACAAUGACAGUGUGACAUUCAAGUGUGACAGUGGAUAUGUCUUGAAGGGUAGUGGUCAGAUUCGUUGCAAAGCUGAUAACAGCUGGGACCCUGAACUACCAGUCUGUCUAAAAGAAGGCUGCGAGCCUGUGACAGAACUUCCGGCUGGCUCCCAGGUGGAGCUUGUGGACGUAACCUGUGGAGAGGGGUCUCAGGUGACUGGAUAUGCUUAUAAGAAGUGUCAAGAUGCCAAGAACAGAGUCUGGUUUCAAAAAAGUCCGCACUGUGAAGCUGUCCAGUGUCAGCCCCCACCACGGACUGCCAACGGGCGACCCAGAGGCGCACUGGAGAAACGCUUCCUGUAUGGAAACGAAGUCUCCUAUGAGUGUGACCCGGGCUUCUACCUCUCGGGAGAGGGAAGCCUGAAGUGCAGAACGAAUGCUGAAGGGCACGGAACUUGGAGCGGGCCUCCCCCGCAGUGCUUGCGCUCGCCCCCUGGAACUCACUGCCCGAGCCCAGACAUCAAACACGGGCACCCACUCAACGGGACCCGGGAGUCGUACUCUCACAAUGACACAGUGUGGGUUGCUUGCAACCCGGGCUUCAUCAUGAAAGGCAGUCGCCUUAUAAGGUGCCAUACAGAUAACACAUGGGUACCGGCGAUACCAACCUGCAUCCGAAAGGCUUCCUCAGAGUGUCCACCUCCGGGCGCAGUCCCCAACGGGAACCAUACUGGCGGAAAUGCGGCGCGGUUUCUCCCUGGGAUGUCGGUGCUGUAUGCCUGUGAGCAGGGCUAUGCGCUGGUGGGGGAGCCCCUCCUCCUGUGCACACACGAGGGGGCGUGGAGCCACGCUGCCCCACGCUGUGAAGAGGUCAACUGUAGCGCCCCUGAGGACACAAACGGGAUCCAGAAGGGGCUGGAGCCCAGGAAGAUGUACCAGUAUGGGGCCAUCGUGACCAUGGAGUGCGAAGACGGGUACACCCUGGAGGGCAGCCCCCAGAGCCAGUGCCAGGACGACCAGCAGUGGAACCCGCCUCUGGCCACCUGCAGGUCCCGUUCGUCUGAUCCUCUGUUUUAUGGUAUUUUCCUAGGCCCUGGACUUCUUCUCUUGCUGGUCAUUGUCACGUUAUGCAUGAUAUCAAAACGCAGAGAACGCAAUUAUUAUACAAAUAAAAAGCCUAAAGAAGAUCUUCGUUUAGAAACACAAGAAGCCUAUUCGGUUGAUCCAUACAAUCCAGCAAGCUGUAGAAGGUCAAUUAAUCUGCUGGGGAUAAGACUGGGAGAUAUGGCAGAGGUUAAGGAUCAAGCGGGAGGCCUUAAGCGGCGAAUUGAAAGUCGAAGGCUGAAUGACAGGCCUAUACUUGACCCACUGCAGAUAUUCCUUAUUUGGCGACCAGCCUGUAUAACAAUUGUUCCAUCUGAUGACCCCUGCUCAGACUUACGAUGCAGGAACCUGAGCGGCAGUGUGGUCUUAUGGUUUCUUCUUCUUCUGCAGCACAGCACUGAAAAAGCAGUCAUUAAACAAGGAAAGUCUGUAGUCACACUGACAGGGCAUGAGCUGACAGUUUCGAAGACUCAGCCCCAGGGCCAUGGCCUGGUCACUGUCAGCAGACGGUGCAGGGCGAGUUACUGGAAAUUACACUGCUGUGAGUGUCGGAAUCACCAUGGAGCAGUCGUGGAACAGGUGGACACGAGGAACGGAACACAGCAGAUGGCAGGAGAUGAGUCCAAAGGGAAGAGGCAGCGAGCGCCUCUUCUGAUUGCACCUGAUUGUUCUUUUUCUCCUUUGGCCACAUCUACAAAGUAUAAUGAAGAGAAAGGGGGAGAUGGGUCUGAAGUUUUGCCUUUAACCCCCACGUCGCUGUGGUCCCAAUCUCCAGGUCAGUGUGAAGCUCCGGCACAGCUUCCAUCUGCCAAGCCUGUGAAUCCAAUCGAGAAGUCUCAGUUUCCCGUUGGAACAUCUUUGAAGUAUGAAUGUCGCCCUGGUUAUAUCAAGAGACAGUUCUCCAUCACCUGCCAGAGUGACUUAUCCUGGACGAGUGCUGAAAACAUGUGCCAUCGUAAAUCAUGUAGAACUCCUUCAGAUCCUUUGAACGGCAUGGUGAAUGUAAUCUCAGGCAUAUUGUUUGGAUCCCAGAUUACCUACAGUUGUAAUUUAGGGUACCGACUUGUUGGGGCCUCCUCUGCCAUGUGCAUACUCUCGGAAAAUACUCUUGAUUGGGAUACUGAACCGCCUGUUUGUGAGAAGAUUCCGUGCGAGCCGCCCCCGGCCAUUGCCAAUGGAGAUUUCGUUAGCACCGACCGAGAAAACUUUGUCUACGGAAUGGUGGUGACCUAUCGGUGCGAUCUUGGAGAAAGGGGGAAGAAGGUCUUUGAGCUCGUGGGGGAGCCCAGCAUAUACUGCACCAGCGAGGAUGACCAAGUGGGCGUCUGGAGCGGGCCCGCCCCUCAGUGCAUUGCGCCUAACAAGUGCACACCGCCGCGUGUGGACAAUGGGGUCAUGGUGUCUGAGAACAGAAGCUUCUUUUCCUUACAUGAAAUCGUGGAGUUUACGUGUCGGCCCGGCUUCGUCUUGAGGGGGCCCUCGCAUGUGCGGUGCCAGGCCCAGAACACGUGGGGGCCGGAGUUACCGAGCUGCUCCGUGGAGAAAGUAUGUGACGCCUUCCCAGACCAGCUCCCCCACGGUCGUGUGCUAUCUCCGCCUAAUCUCCAGCCUGGAGCAAAGGUGUCCUUUGACUGUGAUAAAGGGUAUCGACUCAUUGGCAAGUCAUCUGCCGAAUGUGUCAUCUCGGGGAGCGCUGUCAGCUGGGACUCACAGCCACCGAUUUGCGAACAGAUUCCGUGCGAGCCGCCCCCGGCCAUUGCCAAUGCAGAUUUCGUUAGCACCGACCGAGAAAACUUUGUCUACGGAAUGGUGGUGACCUAUCGGUGCGAUCUUGGAGAAAGGGGGAAGAAGGUCUUUGAGCUCGUGGGGGAGCCCAGCAUAUACUGCACCAGCGAGGAUGACCAAGUGGGCGUCUGGAGCGGGCCCGCCCCUCAGUGCAUUGCGCCUAACAAGUGCACACCGCCGCGUGUGGACAAUGGGGUCAUGGUGUCUGAGAACAGAAGCUUCUUUUCCUUACAUGAAAUCGUGGAGUUUACGUGUCGGCCCGGCUUCGUCUUGAGGGGGCCCUCGCAUGUGCGGUGCCAGGCCCAGAACACGUGGGGGCCGGAGUUACCGAGCUGCUCCGUGGAGUGUCAGCCGCCCCCCAAAGUCCCGCAUGGGCAGCACACCCCCAGCAGCGAGGACUUCUCCCCCGGGCAGGACGUGUCCUAUAGCUGCCAGCCGGGCUUUGACCUCCGAGGGGCCACCUCCCUGCACUGCACCCCCCAGGGGCACUGGAGCCCUGCGCCCCCAUCUUGUGUAGCGAUAUUAUGUGAUAUCUUCCCAGACCAGCUCCCUAAUGGCCGUGUGGCUUUUCCACCGAACCACCAGCUUGGAGCGAAAGUGUCCUUUACUUGUAAUGAAGGGUUCCGAUUAAAAGGCAGCUCUACUAGUCAUUGUGUCUUGGAUAGAAUGCAAAGCCUGUGGAACAGCAGUGUUCCUGUGUGUGAACAAAUCUUGUGUCCAAACCCUCCAGCUAUCUUCAAUGGGAAGUACACAGGCACUUCUCUGAGGGAGUUUCCUUAUGGAGAAGAAGUAUCUUAUGCGUGCAACCCCCAAGCAGACCGAGGGAUGACCUACAGCCUCAUUGGGGAGAGCACCAUCCGUUGCAUAAGUGACAGUCAAGGGAAUGGGAUUUGGAGUGGCCCUGCCCCUCACUGUGAACUUUCUGUUCCUGCUGCAUGCCCACAUCCACCUAAGAUCCAGAAUGGGCAUCACAUUGGAAAGCAUGCAUCUUCCUAUCUUCCUGGGAUGAAAUUCCUCUACACUUGUGACCCUGGCUACCUGGUGGAGGGAUCUGACUUCGUAUUCUGUACGGACCAGAGAACCUGGAGCCGACUUGAUCAUUUUUGCACAAAGGUAAAGUGUAGUCUCUCAAAUGAGCUUAUGAAUGGAGUCCUGGAGGAGCUCACACUGAGAAGAGAAUAUCACUAUGAAGAUGCCGUCACGUUGGUGUGUAAGGCUGGGUUCACCCUGGACGGCAGGGCCCACAGCCAGUGCCAGGCAGAUGGCAGAUGGAAUCCUCCCCUGGGCAGGUGCACCUCUGACUCACAUGUUCCCAUGAUUGUUGGCCUUUCCUGUGGUGUGAUCCUCUUCAUUCUUGCCAUAAUUGUUUUCUGUUGGAUAUUUCUAAAGCGCAAGAAACGCAAUGAAAGAGUUGAAAAAACUAAAGGAGCAGAUGUCCAUUUGUGUCCUCACGAAAAUGACUGUGUCCGUCCUCAAGCUCAGCUAACAAGUCAGGAAAACAGCAGUGGCCUUCUUUAACAAAGUGCUAGAAAGCUGCUGGAAAACACCUCAGAUCACAUGUUGCUUGGAGAGGCGCCAAUUCAUCGCAACAGAGUAAGAUCCGAGAUUCCUGAAGUCUUGGAAGCGACUUCAUAGAGAUGCAGACGGGUCCCCCGGAGAUGAAGAUGUAAAAGCUUUUCCAGUAUCCAGCAGAGCAGCCCCUCUGUCUGUCACUGUCCCUCCCUAACCUCUUUGCCUCCAGCUAGGGAACGAGACUGCACUUUGAAUGUAGAAAAUAGUUUUGUUUAUUUAUAGGAAGACACUGUUGCCUAGGAGUUCUGGUUUACAAGUCUGUCAUUUCUCUUUCUUACUUUAAAAUGUUUGGAAUGUGAAGUGGGCUGAUUACGUAGAAUUUGAAAAUGAAGGGAGAUAAAAAUAAAUAAAUUAGCCACUUAUACUACUCAGUGGUAACUACUGUUAUUACUUUAGCUCAUUUUCUGCCAAUCUUUUUUAUAUAUGUCUCUUUGUACACACACCUAUCUUUCUUAAAUAAUUCCUCUAUUUUAUAGAGUCUACACCUUUAGACAAAUUGGAGUUAAAAAAUAUAUAUAUAAAUUUUUUACUUUCUCUAUGGAAUGAGAGUGAAUUUUGUGUACUGAAAAGGCAUUAGAUAGUUAUGGAAAAGAGUGGUCAAGGGUAAUCGGGAAGUAUCCAAAAAAGGUCUGAGUAUUUUCUAAGUUCUAUUUCAAAAGCAUUUUGUAUCUUGUUUUGUAUAAAUAUGUGAAAAGUUGAAAUAAAAGAAUUCUAAUUAUAGAAGCUUAUUUUGUAUGAACUGAGAAUACACUAGAUUAACUAAAAAACAUAACUUUUAGGAAUUUAUCAAUGAGUACCCAAAGGGCUAAGUUCUGGUGCCUUAUUGCACAGUGGAAAAUCAUAGCUAACAAUAAUCUAUUAUAUAUCCAAAAAAGAGCUAGAAGAAAAGACUAUCAGUAUUUUCACUACAAAAGAAUGAUGAAUGCUUGAGAUACAUUUAGCCUCCUUUGAGUAUUACACAGUGUAUGUAUACAUGUAACAAAACAUCAUACGGUUUCUCAUAAACAAGUAUAAUUUUUGUGUCAAUUUUUAAAAAUUUUUUUCAAAUUCUUAUAGUUUACUUUAAAAAUAAGCCAUUCCAUAUCUUUAUAAAACAAAAAUUGGUUAUUUUAAGAACCAUGCUAAUAAUCUCUAGGAAAUAUCAGAACAGACGCACAUAACAGCUUCAUAGAAUUAUCACUAAUUGCUGUGUAAGUUCAUGUUUUAGUAGCUGCUUUAAUGUGUUCUUUCAUAUGUCUCUUGACACUGAUAUAAGGGUGUGUUACGACUGUGUCUAGACAUCUCCAGAAAGCCUCAUGUGGUCACAGGCGGGGCUUUUUAGAGGUGGCUGGUUCUAGAGUGUGUGUUUUUUCAUGGUGCAAGGCUGGGAUUAAGGAUGGGUGAUUACUAAAUCUGUCCACUGAUUGUUUGGCACCAUCCUAAUCCCAGCAGCCUCGAUAGAGUAUAAAAGGAGCAGCAGGAAGCCGCUGAGGUUGCUUAUUGGUCCCCUUGCUUGCUUUGUCUCCUUCUGCCCACCAUGAACUGUUUCUCCUCUGCGAUGCCUGUCUGCCAGGCCUCCCUGCCUUAGAA